AUGGUCAGAAAGAGAGAUCGAUUUUGGGAAUAUGUAGAGCUUCUGGAUGGCAAAUUUAAGUGCAAGUUUUGCGAUAGAAAAUUUGCUGGUGGUGUUCCGAGAGUUAAAUCACAUUUAUCUGGAAUUAAAGGCGGUGGUAUAGAUAUAUGCACCAAGGUCCCUGAAGAUGUUCGAAUUGCCGCUACUGAGGAAAGUCCUGGUCUUAAUAAAAGAGCGAAGGCUGAAGCCUGUUCAGGUAAGAUCGAAGAGACUUUGCUAAAAAUGCAUAUCAGUAAGGACGACGUUAUGCCGGAUAAAUUGCUCGUUAAGUUCAUCCUGUUGAAUGGUGAGGAUGUCGACAUUGUGCGGAGGCCAUCCUUCAUUGACUUUGUGGAUGCUGUGGCUAAACAUGGUUCCCAUUAUAAGUUGCCAUGUUGUUCAGUAAUCAAAACAAAGUUAGUGCCUGAUUUGGAAAAGGAAAUUGGAGAGUAUGUGGCAAAUGUGAAGAAAUCAUGGGUUAGAACUGGCUGCACACUCAUCAAUUAUGUUUGGCAGCGUGAGAAGAGAUCCUUCAUGUCUAUCUUUGCUUAUUCUAUUGAAGGAGUGGUCCUAUUGAAUGCGUUGGAAAUCCCCAGUUCUAUGUUAAUCUUCGAUUUGGUGGAAGGGAUUCCUUAUUUUGUCACUCGAGAAAUUGGAGCCAACAACGUCACGCAGUACAUAAUCCAAAAUCCAGGAGAUUGCCUUGAAUUUAUGCCAAAUGACGACCUACCCAUGUGUACGUGA